AGUUUAUUUUCUGGAGUAAAAUGAAGAUAAUUAUUUAUAAUCUGCUGCUCUUCACUUUUGUUAUAUUUCUUAACUCUGUUCAUUCAAUGUAUCCAAAGCCACACGGAAAUAAAUACGUAACAAUUAAUGGUGUGAAGCAUACUGUACCUUAUGGUGGAAGGCCUGUUUACUCGGACAAUGGAGUAUUUAUUCCUGACGUGGACAAUAGUGAAGAGGUCUUUCCUCGUCAUAAUAAUAUUCUGCAGCGUAGUUUACAGCCUGUUGGUAGAUACGAAGGCCAAGGUUCAAGACAAGUUCUUAAAAAAUUGAAUCCAGCUCACCCAGACGGAAGAUUAGAACCUAUGGGGUUCGAUAUAUUGAUCCACGAAGGAAUAGAAAGGGCAGUAUAUGAGGAAGGGUUUGGAUUUCGCGCGCUCAAGCGUGUAGCGGGACCGCAACGAGGACACGGCUGGGUAAGACAAGACACCUGA